AUGUACUAUCAUUCAAAUCACUGUAAAUUCUGUAUUAUUAAAUUGUUCUUUUCAGCAAGGAACUCUUAUACUUUUGGAUAUGCAGCCUACUUGACUAAAAGUAAUUAAUACUUCUAAUUGUUUUUCUUAGUUUGGAUGUACUUCCGAGAGUGACUUGCCCUAGUCAUCCAGAUUCCAUUUUAGUAGAGGAUUACAGAGCUGGUGAUAUGAUUUGUUCUGAGUGCGGGCUAGUAGUAGGUGACCGGGUCAUAGACGUAGGGUCAGAGUGGAGAACUUUCAGCAAUGACAAAGCAACAAAAGAUCCAUCUCGAGUCGGGGAUACCCAGAAUCCUUUGUUGAGCGAUGGCGACUUGAGUACGAUGAUUGGAAAGGGCACAGGUGCAGCAAGUUUUGAUGAAUUUGGGAAUUCAAAGUACCAAAAUCGCAGAACUAUGAGCAGCUCCGAUCGUGCAAUGAUGAAUGCUUUUAAAGAAAUUACAAACAUGGCUGACAGAAUCAACCUCCCUAGAAAUAUAGUUGAUCGAACAAAUAAUUUAUUCAAGCAAGUGUAUGAGCAAAAGAGCCUGAAGGGAAGGAGUAAUGAUGCCAUUGCUUCUGCUUGUCUCUACAUAGCCUGUAGGCAAGAGGGUGUUCCAAGAACAUUUAAAGAAAUAUGUGCAGUGUCCAGGAUUUCGAAGAAGGAAAUAGGCCGGUGUUUCAAACUUAUUUUGAAAGCUCUUGAAACCAGUGUUGAUCUGAUUACGACUGGAGACUUCAUGUCAAGAUUCUGUUCCAAUCUGGGUCUUCCCAAACAAGUACAAAUGGCGGCAACACAUAUUGCCCGUAAAGCUGUGGAAUUAGAUUUGGUUCCUGGGAGAAGCCCUAUCUCUGUAGCAGCUGCAGCUAUUUACAUGGCAUCACAAGCUUCUGCAGAAAAAAGGACACAAAAAGAAAUUGGCGAUAUUGCUGGUGUGGCUGAUGUUACGAUCAGGCAAUCGUACAGGCUGAUCUAUCCUCGAGCUCCAGAUCUCUUCCCAGCAGACUUCAAGUUUGAUACCCCAGUAGACAAACUACCACAGCUGUGAAAUUGCAGAGGGUUACUUUUAAUUUCUAUUAAGAAAAACCCCAACAACAACAAACUUUUUUUGAUUUUUGCCUAUAAUAAAGGAUGUACAAAGUGUUA